UCCUGCCCUUUCUGAAGAUUUCCUGUUUCAUGAAAAGUGCAUACAUACUGUCCGACUCAGUAUGUAUGCAAGUUCUGCCUGCACUAUUUACUUUAACUGGGGGUUGCUUGAGACGCAGGAGAGCAACAGGCGAACCGAAAAAAAAAUCAGAAGAACGUCUCGAAUUAAAGUCUGGAUAUUUACUAUAAUCAAGGCUUAAGUAAAUGAAAAGAAGAGGAGUUUAUAGUCCGUUUCUAAAUGGAGCUUCUUCGGUUUUCUGCUUUCUGGUGUGGAACGAUACUCUUUGGUAGUAUUCUGCUAGAACAGAAGGGGGUCUCGUCACUGAGCAUGCUGAAGCUGAGGCGUCUGUGUAAGUUCUGUGACGUGGAAUCUACCAGCUGUACGGGCACAGAGAGCUGUAUGACCGACUGUAGGAUCACAUCCAUCUGCCCCCAUCCAGAUGACGUGUGUGUCAGCAUCUGGAGGAUGAAAGAUGACAAUGUCACCAUAGACACGAUAUGCCACAACCCAGCCCAUAAGCUGCAUGGUCUGAUGCUGGAGGACUAUAACAACAGCAAGUGUGAGAUGAGGGAGAGGAAUGGCAUGGGCUCCCAGUUCUUCAUCUGCUCCUGCUCCGAGGACGAGUGCAACAACCACGUGUUCUUCACCCCCUACUCUCUUGACUCCCAGGUGGUGUCGGUGAUCCUGGUCAGCCUGGUUCCUCUGCUGGUUCUGGCCGUCCUGGUCAUCACAUCCUUCUAUUGGUACCGCAUCUACCACCAGCGGCGCGCCGGCGCCAAGCGCAAGAAGACACCUCUUGACUUCAGCGUCAACCGCGCCAUCAUGAUGGACGACGACGGCUCGGACAGCAGCUCCACGCACGCCAACAACCUCAACCACAAUACGGAGCUCCUCCCCAUCGAGCUGGACGCCCAGGUGGGCAAGGGCCGCUUCGCAGAGGUCUACAAGGCCAAGCUGAAGCAGGGCGCCACGGGGGCCGGCGAGCCUUUCGAGACCGUCGCCGUCAAGAUUUUUGCAGAUGAAGAGUAUGCCUCGUGGAAGAACGAGAAGGACAUCUUCUCGGACGCCGACCUGCGCCACGAGAACGUCCUGCACUUCCUGACCGCGGAGGAACGUAAGGUGGAGAAACAGUAUUGGCUGAUCACGGCCUACCACCCCCGGGGCAACCUCCAGGAGUACCUGACGCGCCACGUCAUCAGCUGGGACGACCUGUGGGUGCUGGGCGGGUCUCUGGCGAGGGGCGUGGCCCACCUGCACAGUGACCACACGCUGUGCGGACGCUACAAGGUGCCCAUCGUCCACCGGGACAUCAAGAGCUCCAACAUCCUGGUGAAGGGGGACCUCACUUGCGUCCUGUGUGACUUCGGCCUGGGUCUGCGUCUGGACAACUCGCUGUCUGUGGACGAGCUGGCCAACAGUGGACAGGUGGGCACUGCCAGGUACAUGGCCCCUGAGGUGCUGGAGUCCAGGAUCAACCUGGAGAACAUUGAGUCGUUCAAGCAGACAGACGUCUACUCAAUGGCCCUGGUACUGUGGGAGAUCACCUCCAGGUGCAAUGCCAUUGGAGAGGUAAAGGAUUACGAACCCCCCUUCGGUAAGGUGAGGGAGCACCCGUGUGUGGAGAGUAUGAAGGACAGUGUUCUCAGAGACAGGGGACGACCAGAGAUCCCCAGCAGCUGGAUCAACCACCCAGGCAUCCAGGUGGUGUGCGGCACUAUAGACGAGUGCUGGGACCACGACCCCGAGGCCAGGCUGACCGCACAGUGUGUGGCCGAACGCUUCAACGACAUGGAGCACCCAGACAAGCUGUCUGGACGCAGCAACUCAGAGGAGAAGAUCCCCCAGGACAUCUCUGUGACGGAGAUUGAAGAGAUUGAGAAGAAGGAAGUAUGCCUCAGAAACUACAAUGCCCCUGCUGGGGAGGCUGAGAACUACAAGCAACCAAGCAGCUGAGAGAGUCUCUUUGUAUGCGCUCUGUUUAUUUGUCCUGCUUGUGACUCCAAGGAGCAAACAGAAUGGCUGUUGUGUGUCAUGGAUGUAAAAGGGAGCAAAACUGAACAAGCCAAUCAGCAAGGAACUUAUCAUGUUUUAAAAAAAAGAUUUACAGCAGUUGCUCCAAAGACAGAUUAAAGCCAUGACUGGACUGGUGAAAAUAUAAAGCCCUCUUAACUAAAUACUGUUUACACUUUAUCAAUAGCUAUGCAUACCAAAUGAUGUAUAUUCAGUUACUGUAUAUUCUUGAUGACAAUACAGUGCAGUUAUAUAACCAUUGUAUCUGGAAAAAGAAGAGAGCAGUCAAUACUGAUACACUAAUACAAUUUUAGGCCAUUUUCGACUGGCUGUUUUGUACAUUUUUAAAGGCGGCAUUGGAUGACAAAGGGACUGGAGGAUGGAGCUUUAUCAAAAACCAAGGUGAACGUUUCAUUCCUGGAAGCACAGUAUGAGAAAAGGGCUAUGAAAUAAAAAAUGAUUCCAGGCCAAUAACCCCAGGGGAAUACUGAUAUCAUAUACCAAGGACUAUGAACUGUAAAAGAAAGACUGUGAAAUCAACCCUGGAUGAGAAAAAGGGAAUAUAGAUAUUUUACUAUAAAAUAAAGUAUAUUUAAUCAACAGAGGUUUAUAAAGGGAAUACAGAUAUUAUGACAAAAGGACUCUGAACUGGAUGUACCAUACAUGGAGUUUCAGCCCAGCAAUAACUGCUCUAACUGCUGGGAGACAUGGACAUUUAAUGACAAGGAAGGGAACUUGAUCCUUUCUCAAUUAAAGAUCUCUUUCAAAAACCCUCUCUAUGUAUAAUGUUAAAAGCCUUAAUUAAAGACUUUCAGUAUUCUACUCUUUUAA